CGGGCAGGUGACAUCAGGCGGCGUCCUCGCCCUCGCUGCUCAGUCGGCGGCCGGGACGGCAGGGGCCGCUGUGAGGAGCUCCGCGCUCGCGCCCCGCGCUUCGGCUCCGCUCCGCGCGCGAACCCAUUAAAAGAGCCAGUAAAUCCUGUGGAAAAUGGCCUUCAGCGAUCUUACAUCGAGGACUGUACGUCUUUAUGAUAAUUGGAUCAAAGAUGCUGAUCCAAGAGUUGAAGAUUGGCUCCUCAUGUCCUCGCCUCUGCCACAAACCAUCAUCCUGGGACUCUAUGUCUAUUUUGUCACUUCUCUGGGACCAAAGCUCAUGGAGAAUCGAAAGCCCUUUGAACUCAAGAGAGCAAUGAUAACAUACAAUGUUUUCAUAGUACUCCUUUCUGUGUAUAUGUGUUAUGAGUUUGUGAUGUCUGGCUGGGGUACAGGUUAUUCAUUUCGAUGUGAAAUUGUUGACUAUUCACGGUCACCGACAGCUUUGCGGAUGGCACAUACCUGCUGGCUUUAUUACUUCUCCAAAUUUAUUGAGCUUUUAGAUACUGUCUUUUUUGUUCUGCGUAAGAAAAAUAGCCAAGUGACUUUCCUUCAUGUCUUCCAUCAUACCACCGUGCCAUUGACCUGGUGGUUUGGAGUCAAAUUUGCUGCAGGUGGUUUGGGAACAUUCCAUGCCUUUGUAAAUUCAGCUGUGCAUGUAAUCAUGUAUACCUACUAUGGAAUAUGUGCAUUGGGACCUGCCUACCAGAAGUACUUGUGGUGGAAAAAAUAUGUGACUUCAUUACAGCUUGUCCAGUUUCUUAUUGUCACCAUCCACGUAGGCCAGUUCUUUUUCAUGGAGGAUUGCAAGUACCAGUUCCCAAUCUUUCUGUACAUCAUUAUGAGUUAUGGGUGCAUCUUUCUGCUGCUUUUUCUCCAUUUUUGGUACUGUGCUUAUACCAAAGGUCAGAGGCUGCCCAAAACUGUGAAAAAUGGAAACUACAAAAAUAAAGAUCACUGAAAUACAAGCAAAACAUGAAUCUAUGAUAGAGACUAAUAUCUUGUUUUCCUUGACAAUCAAGAGAUAUUUACCUAUGCAGUGCAUUUUGUAUACUUUUCAAAACUAAGAGCUUGUAUUUUUAUGAUAAGUUAAUUGGAAUUUCUGAUAUUUGAGAGUCCAAAGCUCCCAGGUAACAGUCUUCUGAGAAUCAGAGCCUAGAGCAGCCUGAAGAUUUUUAGCUGCUUUUAAACCUAAUCUAAAUGUUUUGUUUAAUACAUUUUGUUACAGUGAAAGGAAGAUGUGAAGCUAUACUGUACUCUUCAAGGAAGUCUGGUAUACAUGAAAAAUAUCAUUAGGUAUUUUGAACACAGACAGAGAUCCAUACAGUACAGUAGAUGCUUUCUGCUGGGUCUGGAAACCUCUAACUGUGUGCUCUGGCUUUGUCAUUUCUUGCUGAUAUUCAGAAUAUACUAUAUUUACUCUAGAGUUAAAUUCCCAUUCUAAAGAGCUAACAUAGUGAACAUUAAGUGAAUUUUUGAUAAGUUGUCAUUUAAAAUCACUAAUGAUAAUUUUUAAUGGAUCUUUUGAGUAGCCACCACCAGUUUUGAUAAGACUUCCUUUUGUUGUGCAUAAGACACUUUAGUUGUACACACUGUUUCAAAGUAACAGUCCUUUCAGUUAGUGAUACACUGAACACUAAAAUUCAGUUAAUAUUUUGAAAACAAGGUGAUUUGUUUUGAUGGGUUCACGAACAUUUUGCUCUUACUGUUUUAUCAAUUAACUUUGAUCUCUGGAAAGAGGUGAAUUUGUUAAUGAAAAAAGUACUGUGUAGUUUGGUGGGAAAAAAUUGUUAUCUGUUUUAUUAAUAUCAUUUUCUCAUAUUGUCAUGGCUUAUAGGAUUACAUUGGUUAAAUAUAUAUUGGUUAGCUCCUUAAAUGUUCAUAUCAUUGGCACACUGCAGGUACCCUCAAAUCAUAAAUAAUUUUAGACCACCCAUUAUACACAAUCUCCAGAUAUGGGUUAGAGUGCCUUUGUGAAGCCACUGGAAGCAAAUGGUGGCACAGAGAAUAUCUGGGGAAGAUUCCAUCAUGUAAUUAAGGGCUGUUCUACUUUGAGAUAGAGACACACUACAUAAUAGUUAAAGAUUCUAUAGUUAGUGUUACAGAUACACUGCAUGAGAAAAUAUUUUACAGAAUUGUAUAUUAAUUCAUAACUUUGAUUUCUUUUUUUCAGACCUGUAAACCAUAUAAUGAAGGACUGAAUUCAUUUAGCAUAGGUUUUGUUUCCUAUAAAAUUGCUACUUCCUAAAAUUCUCUUGUUCUUACAUUCUCUUGUCAGAAAACCAAAACUGCUGGUGAAUAGAGUUUUGUCCAAGAAAUAGCAAUAUUUGGACAUUUGUGAAUUUUUCCCUAUUGCUUUUUUUUUCUUGUUUUAUUUAUACUCAGAUUUGAAGGCCUGCUUAUGUUUGUAAGAUUUUAAACAAUUAGUACUUAAGGCCCCAGUUAUUGUGUAGCACACAGGGAUACUUAUUGUACAACAAAACCUAAGUUUUACUCAAUUUCAUGGCCUUUUAUCUUCACACUUGCCAGAUUCAUAUAUUUGCCUUUAAGUGACCUUUUUUGAUUUCACUUGCUUACAGUAGGAGAAGAUGAGGGUUGCUAAAUGGGAGAAAUUUCCUAUUUUUUAAGUAAAGAAUAAAGAACAGUAGAGCAUAGCUAAAAGAAACAGUUGUUCUAAUUUAUUUCACUAUAAAUAUAGGUCUCAGAAUUCCUUAAGUGUUUUUCAGUUUUGGAUCUUCAUAUCCAACCUAUGCUAAAAUGAGAAGAUAUGAUAGGUGCUGUUAUACAUACACAGAAUUUUCAAAGACAUGAGUAGGGUAAAGACCAAAAGGAGGCAAAAAUAAAAGAAGAUGAAACAGGAGAAUUCUAUUUAUUUCUUACUUACUUUCUGACCUGCAUCAUACAACCUCACUAACCUUCCUAUAGUCUUUAAAAUGUUUGCCUUGCCUAUGAACUAACAUGUGAUUAAACCACAUUCUCAAUUAUAUGAACAGAAGUGAAGAGGUAGAAUGUUACAAAAGAAAUCACAGCUGGCAGAAGUGUCCUGCGUAUAAACAUCAGUAGAUGAAAAUGAAUGUCACUAGACACAGAAUUUGUAUGGGCAAUAUUUUAUUAAAAGGAUUCUGUGUGGUCACAUGGAGUUUCUAUCGGGGUUUCAUCUCACUUUUCAGGACUUUGCUGCCUAAAGUUUUGCUUACCUAACAAAAAGCCCAGUUACAAAAUCUAGUUUAUUAUACAAAGCUCUGUGAAUCCUUGAGGAGCUACAUGUAUAAUGUAAAUAAAUACAGACAUUUAAAUAUCUAUGGAAUAUUGCCAUUUUUACAGUCUUAAUUCUUAUCAAGUAGAAUUUUUAAUUGAGUAUACUAUAUUCUGAGAUAAAUUAUGAAAUUAUGAGGUAUACUCUUUCAGUUAUCCGUUAUUUCUGUUAACUUUUUAAAGACUGGAAAACUCUGUGGAUGUUGUCAAAGUGUGGGUUUGUUUUUCUCUGUGUAUUACAAUAAAUUUGUGGUACUGCAUGUA